UAUGUAAUGUAAACUUAACCAUGUGUGGCAUUUUUGUCCUGAUCGAGAAUAAAUCAAAGGUUUGUGACUGCCACCCAAGCACCACCAUUAAAGAUCAAAUACUAUCACGACUUAACAGAAGAGGCCCUGAUGUGAUUGCAGAAAAGUUUAUUGAGUUGAGUGAUGAAUAUCAAGCUACUUUCAUUGGUUCUACUUUGCACCUAAGAGGUACUGAAAUACAAGAACAACCAUUGAGUAAUGAAGAUGGUGAUCUUUUACUGUGGAAUGGAGAAAUAUUUGGGGGUAUUCAGGUUUCAGAGACUGAAAAUGAUGGAAACAUCUUGAUGAAAAAACUUACAGACUGCAAAAGCGAAUGUGAAACAUUGAACUUAUUUGCAUCUAUUAAAGGACCUUAUGCUUUUGUUUACUGGCAGGCCAAAAACAAAAAACUAUGGAUAGCCAGAGAUAUUUUAGGCCGAAGAAGCUUAUUAAUAAAUACGACGGCUGACAAUAAUUACCAUAAUAAUGGCUGUGUAAACAUUAAAGAUCCGUCACCAUCGUCGUCGUCGUCAUCAUGUAAAAUUCACUUAUUUCCGUGGCUCUGGAAACCACAAAUCAAUGAGAAUCAUAACGAUGGAACCGAUACUGAAAUGAUCCUUACCACCACCACUACUACUUACAAUAGUGGUUUUCAUGACAAGUAUUUCAAUUAUACACCCGAGUCAAAAAACUGCUUUUCAAAUAAUUUUCCCUGCCAUUUGUCUAACUACGGCUUGUUUUGCCACCUCAGUAAAUUCAAACAUUUUGGUAAAUUAAGUGGUGAAGGAAUACUAAAAAAUGACGAUGGUAAUUCUAAAUACGUCCAUGCAGUGUUGUCUAAUACAAAUCAACGACAACAUCAACAAAAACAACAUCGACAAAAACAACAUCAACGAACGCAACAAAAACAGCAACAAAAUCACCAUAAUCAUUGUAAUGAUUUUUCUAGUUUCGUAACAGAUGAAAGAGUAAAAGCGAUGAGAGACUUUUUAAAAUUGCUGGGGAGUUCCGUCGAAAAGAGAACCUCUGCCGAAUCCGUCUGCUCCUGUUGCAAUUUUUGCAUGCAAAAAAUGCUAGAAAAUAAGUGCUGCUCCAAUUCCUUAAUAAACAAUCUUAAAAAUUCAAUGACAUUCUCAGCCCCGACUUCGUCAUCAUUUCCAACAUCAGUGGCGUCAUCAUCAUCAUUGAUGACGUCAUCGUCAUCGCCCCUGGUUAUUUGUCACCACAGUAAGGUUGCCAUCUUGUUUUCUGGCGGCUUAGACUCACUCGUUCUUGCUCUCUUAGCUAACAGAUAUAUUCAGAGAUCGGACCCUAUUGAUUUACUGAAUGUCUCCUUCUUCAACCAUUCCAAAGAAAAAUCAAUCAAGCACCUCAUACAUCCACUUGACACAGUUCUCGACGACAGCAUUGGCUGCGCCCUCUGGUUCGCCGCUAGGGGUCAAGGUCGUUUGAAAUUGGGUCAGGCGAAUGUAGUAUGUCAAGGUCAGGGUCAUGUGAGUAAUGGGAACCAGUUAGAAGAUGGGAAUUACGUUUCUCCCGCUAGAGUUGUCUUAUCAGGAUUGGGAGCAGAUGAAUUGUUGGCCGGAUACUCGAGACACAGGAUGAAGUUCGGUCCGGAUGAGAACUGGGAACUGUUGGGGGAUGAACUGGAAAGAGAGAUUACAAACCUGUGGAAUCGAAAUCUCGGUCGGGAUGACCGGAUCAUCUCGGAUCACUGCCGGGAAGCCAGGUUCCCAUAUUUGGACGAAGACCUGGUUGAUUUUAUCCUUUCAUUGGACAUGCAUUUAAAAUUUGACCUGAGGGCACCUAGAGGUGUGGGCGACAAGUUACUACUAAGAAUGGCAGCCCAGGAUUUGAACUUACACAAAGGGUCCCUACUUCAAAAGAGGGCCAUACAGUUCGGGUCAAGAAUCGCAAAGUUGGAGGGCCGUAAAGAAAAAGCCAGUGAAGUCUGUGCUAGACUAGUCAGUGAUGCAGAGAUUUCGUGAAUUGGGUCGGUCGGUUUGGUUCGUGUGAUUAGUUGUAGUUCGCUAUAUCUGGAGAAUAAUAAUAUUUUGUUUUUUCAAAAUCGAUCGUACCGUCUAUGAGUCUAUGAUUUAGUUAUUGUAACACGCGUUUAAAAGUUUUACAAACAUUUAGGAGUUUUGGAGAAUUUAUUUCUGAUAAAUGUGUGACAUUAAAAUUUCAUUUCUCUCAAUAUUUCUCUCAAAUUAUUGAUCACGUUGGUGUAUGAGAUUGGAGUUUUCUUAUUGCGAAAUAAUGUUUUGUGUGAAUUAGAGGUGUGAAAUUAGAAACAUGAAAAAUUAUAAUAAUG